ACAAUAACUUUAAUCUAUAAAAUUCGAUCCUUUAAUUUGCUAAAUUUCAUUUUGAAUUUAUGCGAACAUAUUUUUGUAUUUUUUAUUAUGCAGUGAAUUAAUUAUCUUGUACGUAAAUUAGUUACAAGAAUACACAAAAAAAGUCGCCAGUACUCGUUAUAUUUAGUAGUUUAUAUCAAUUUAUGAUGAAAAAGAAAAUGUCUAAAACCAUAACAUAACCUAAAUAAAAUUGGGAUUUAAUUUGAACAUUCAAAAAAUGGAAGUCGGUGCAGUUAAACAAGCCUUUAAUAAUGAGGUAAUUUUAUUGAAGAAGAAGUUAAAUCAAGCUAGAAUACAAAUUAUACACAAACUAACGAGAAAAGCAAAAACAUUUACUGAGAAAAAAGCUCCUGAAAAACAGAAAGAAAAAUUAAAGAGGAAAGCAGAGUCUGCUGUUAAAGAAGUUUUGAUAUUAAAGAAAAUAAAACCAAAAGAUUUAGCAAAGUUUAUUAUAACACAUACAGGAAAUUUAAAUGAUUAUUUGAAUAAGCCAAAUGUAGACCAAGAUAAAGCAUGUGCAAGACUAUUGUUACAUAAAUCAUUGCAGGAUAAAUACAAAUUUAUCCGAGGUAGAUUCGCUGGCAUUCCUAUAGCAGAUUUGUUUAUGUCUCGACAAGAGAGGAAAAAGCUUAAAAAAGAAGCUAAAGAUAAAAAUAAAAAGAAGAAGGGCAUAGAAAAUGAAAAAAUUGUAAAUUCAGAAGGGAAUUGGGAAGUAGAGGAUGUUGAAAUGGAUAAUGAUAGCAAAGAAUUAGAUGAAAAUGCAACAUCUGAUGAAAUGGGAUUAUCUGAUGAAGACGAGUCUAAUGAAGAAGUUGCUUCUGACAAUCAAAGUAGUUUGUCUAAUGAAGAGAACUUAACCUUAAAUAAUGAUUUAGAAAAUGAAGUUUUUGAUGCUCAGAAAAAUGUAAAAAAACAAAUAAAGACGAGAGGAGGAAAAACAGGUAAAGAGAGUAAUGAAGAUUCAGAUAAGGAUAAUGAUGAAUUACCUGCUAGUAUUGGGAAAUUUGUAAGAUUUAUACCUGAUAAAGUCAAGAGUGAUAAUGACAUUGAUGAUCUUUCCUGUAAUAAUAGUAAGAGUAAUAUUGAAAAGGCCAAUAAGACAGCUUUAAAGAACAGUAAAAAUACAGAGAAAAAAGGGAAAGAUAGUAACAAAAAUAAGAAUUUUAAUGAAAAGAUUUUAUUAAGGAAAUUUAAAAGAGAUGAAGAUGAAAUUCCCACAGCUGGAAAAAAGGUAGUAGAUCCAUUUUUCAUUACAGCCACAGGAGAAAAUUAUAUGUCAGUUGCAGAGCCUAGACAACCCGAUGAAAUUAAGGAAAUCCACAAACAAGGCAAUAGAAAGCUAAGAAGAGCUGCCAUGUUUGGUCAUGUUCCUAAAAUCAAACCUGGACAAAACCAUUUUAGAAAUAACAAUAGUUACAGUAAUGGAGAUAAAUUUGAUAGUAAAUUGAAUUAUAGAAAUAAGUUUAAUAAUCAGUCUGAUAACUAUGAGAAUAAAGUAUCAAAAAAUGCAUAUAAUAAGUCAGAUUCUAAUGAUAGUAAAAAAACUAGAUUUGAUAAGUUUAGUGAUAGGAAAUCUGAACAAAAUGAGGAUAAACAAGAAAAAUUACACCCAUCUUGGGAAGCUAAGAAACGCCAGUCAGGUAUUUUGCCAUUUCAAGGUAAAAAGAUUGUUUUUGAUGAUGGGUAGUUAAAUGGCAACUUUGUUAUAUUGGUUAAUUAUUAAAUUAUAUGACAUUUAAAAAAUGAUAAA